CGUGUGUGGGAACGUCGCGGUCCCGGGUUCCCACGGGCCGCGCGCCUAUAUAACGCCCCACCCGGCGCCCGGCACACCGCAUUCCGACACCGUACGCCGGCACGCACACGUCUCUCCGUACGCCGCACAACCGUUCGCGCGCUCUCUCACUCGCUCUCUCUCUCUCUCUCCGCCGAUCGGCCAGCCAGCAACAGCUCCGCGUUCGCCGCCUUCAGUGUUCAGUACACGCUCUCCGCCGUAGCACGCGCGCACACGUCCUGACCGAUAAUUCCGUUGUUGUUUAUCGUUCGCACGUCGUCAACGCCACACGGCCGUCUUCGUCAUGUCUUCCGUCGCCACUGAAAUGCAGCAACCCGUCUCCAGGACUUAUCAAUACAGAAAGGUAAAUACAAUCGUGUUGGAUUAAUUUUCUCUUUCUCCCCCCCCCCCCCCNCCCCCCCCGGAGACUUGAACGCGAAAAAUUAAAUUUUUUUUUUUUUUUAAAUUUACUUAUUUAUCUCUACGCGCUUUUCGAUUUAAAAUAUUACAUUCUUUUAUCGCGGUAAUUUCGAUGUUUUCGGUUAUUUUUAGUUUUAACGGUUUAAAAAAAAAUUAAUAAGCCUCGUUAUUCAUUUUUUUUUUUUUUUUCAUGAUAGUAUUGCGUAAAAAUAUUAAAAACGACGCCAAAGUCCGUUAUUUUAAAAUUAAAAUAAAAAAAAAUAAUAAUAACAAUCGCCUAUUUGUCGCCUGCAACGGCGCGCUCAGGCAACAAAACGCGCAACGGAAAACCGAUCGAAUCGCUAACAAUUAAUAAUAUUUAUUAUACACGCGCGAAAAUCUUCGAGUUUUACUAACGGACCAUUUUUUUUUUCUUUCUCCAGGUUAUGAAACCAAUGUUGGAACGCAAACGCCGGGCCCGGAUCAACAGAUGCCUGGACGAGCUCAAAGAACUGAUGGUGGUCGCCCUUCAGUCCGAGGGCGAGAACGUCAGCAAACUGGAAAAAGCCGACAUACUCGAACUGACUGUCAGACACUUGCACAAGCUGCGCAGGCAACAGCGGCUGUCCGGCAACCCGGUCACCGAAAUGGACCGUUUUCGCGCCGGUUACACGCGCUGCGCGUCCGAGGUCUCCCGGUGCCUGGCCGCUACCCCCGGCCUGGACGUCACGCUGGGCGCCAACCUGAUGACCCACCUUGGCCACAGACUCAACUCGAUCCAACCGUCCGGCGGUAUCGUUGCCGCGGCCCCGGCCGCGUCGCCGUCACCGUCCGCGCCGCUGACGCUCAACACCGAUUCGUCGUCGUCGGCGGCGUCCUGUUCGUCGUCCUCGUCGGCGUCCUCGUCCUGUUCGUCGCCGCCGCCUCCACCGUCGCCGACCGGCAGCACCGCGUCGUCGUCGUAUCCGAUGCCCUUGACGCCCAACUCGAUGGCCAGCGUCGGUUGCGGCUCGGACGCCGGUAACCACCACGGUCUCCUGCGAGUCGUCGACAUGUCGCUAAAAAGCGCCACCUCUCAUCAAUCCGUAUGGCGGCCUUGGUAAACACAAACGGUCAACGCCGCCGGUGCCGCGCACAAAAUAUAUUACCACUGAUAAUGAUUAUGUUACACAUUCAAUAUUUGGUCUCCCGAUUUUCGUUAUCAUUUUUUUUUGUUUUUAAGCUAUUAUUAUUAUUAUUAUUAUUAUUAUUAUUAUUAUUAUUAUUGUCCGAUAAAACGCAAAUCAAACUGUCCGGGGGACCGAAGCACAAAAGUCGAUUAAAAAUAUUUAAUAUUAUAUUAUAUUAUAUUAUUUGUUAAUAUUUUAUAUGAGAUCAAUUUUAAGGCAUUUUUUUAUUCGCACGCGUUCGUUUAUUUUGUAUAAUGUAUCGACAGUACGAAUAUUUAUAAACAUGUUUAAUUUUUUAUUAUUAUUAUUAUUAUUAUUAUUGAUUUUUUUAAAAUCAUCCUGUGAUACCGCGUUUAGAUAUAUUUUUUAGAAUACCCAUAUUAUACUCGUAACUGCGUAAAAGGAAAAUAAUGGUAUGAUUAUUGUUUUAACGUGUCCUCGUGAGAUUACGUAAACGGGUGGACAUCCUACCCCGUCGCGCGUACGUACAACGUAUAACGUUGCGUAUUAUUUAUUUGGAAAUCACUAUUAUUUUAUAUAUAUAUAUUUUGUAACAUAUAAUUUAAAAAAAUAGUAUAUUAUACUGUACGUACUGCUUAAUGAUAAUGUUGUAUAACAAUGUAUGUAUAUGUUCGUAGACUGUGAUAUAUAAUAAUAUAUUUGUAUUGUAAUACGUAAAAAAAAAAAAAAAAUAUAUAUAUAUAUAAAUAUUAGUAAAAAUACUAUGAUUGUUUUACGUAUA